CCGUUACUUAUCCCGUAUUAUGGAAUAUAGCGAGGAAAUUUUUAAUUUCCUUUCCAUCGUCAUACCUAGCGGAAACGGGGUUCAGCGCUGUUACCAAUCUCCUAACGAAAAAAGAAACAGACUGGACAUCAUUAGCCGAGGAGAUUUAAGAUUAACCCUUACAAAAUUGACGCCAAAUGUUGAUAAUUUUUUUUAUUUCUUAUGUUAUUUUAUUUAUAGUUUAUUUUAUGUUUAUUGGUGUCUGACCAAUAAAUGCCCGCAUUGGGAAUAAGUACCCUUUAUAGAAAAUAUUUUUUUUUAAAUUAUUCUGAAAAUUCAAGGAUAGGUACACACUAAAAUUCGUUAAUUUUUUGCCUAUUUUUAGAUAACUUAAACGUAUAAGAAGCGGAAUUUAAUCAAA